GAUUUUCCAUGCGUUUACAUUACAAUAAGUCGAAUAUGAAGUACAAAUAUAUCCACGAAAUUUUGUGCGGGGCGUAGCUAUUGGUGGGCUUCUACAAAGCCCAACUGCCCAUAAAAAAACCCACUAGCCCUUCAAUUUAAACCCAGGCUUUGCUUGGCAGCCCAUUACCCAGGCUUAACUCACCCGUGAACCUCCCUUGUUGGGUUCACCUGUCGUUGCCUUCUUCAGCUGAAUCAGUUGUUUGUUCUUUCACAGUGACAGUCUCACAUUCCCAUCCACCUACCUUCCCAGCUUGACAGGUGCGUUGCCUUCAAUUCAAACCCGGCUUUGCUUGGCAGCCCAUUACCCAGGCUUAGCUCACCCGUGAACCUCCCUUGUUGGGUUCAUCUGUCGUUGCCUUCUUCAGCUGAAUCGGUUGUUUGUUCUUUCACAGUGACAGUCUCACACAUUCCCAUCCACCUACGUUCCCAGCUUGGCAGUUUCAGCUCAAUUUUUCAUCCUUGCGCUGCCUCCAAAGCGCCAAAAAGACAUGCAAGAGGUUUUGGAGAGGCAAGAGCGAGAAACUAGAGAAAGAAUGCGUAGACGAGCUGCAAGCAAAAGGGCACAGAGAGAACUAGAUGAUCAACUUGCCAUAGCAGUGGCUUUGCUUGAUGAAGAAAGCCAGAGCCGCCGUGGUUCACAAGAAGGCCGUGGCCCGAAUGUGGGCAGACAUAGACAUUCUCGGGGAAUCGUUUAUGGAGUGCCCUCCAGUGGAAGAUCAAGUCCAAGAGAGAGAAAAAGAAAGAGUCCAGCAUCAAUGAUGGCUGUAGUGAUAGCCACUCCAGGUGGACCAGAGGUCCUCCAACUACAAGAAGUUGAAGACCCAGAGCUCAAAGACAAUGAGGUCCUGAUAAAAGUUGAGGCCACGUCUCUGAAUCGAGCCGAUAUUCUUCAGAGGAAGAGCAUGUACCCACCACCCCCAGGUUCCAGCCCAUACCUGGGUCUCGAAUGUUCUGGAACCAUUGAGGCCGUUGGGAAGCAAGUCUCCCGCUGGCGAGUCGGUGACAAGGUGUGUGCUCUUCUUAGCGGAGGAGGGUAUGCUGAGAAGGUGGCUGUUCCAGCUGGACAAGUCCUUCUUGCUCCACCUGGUGUUUCUUUGCAGGAUGCUGCUAGUUUUCCCGAGGUUUCAUGCACUGUUUGGUCGACUGUGUUUAUGAUGAGUAGGCUAUCUGCUGGCGAAACAUUUUUGGUUCAUGGGGGCUCCAGUGGAAUCGGUACAUUUGCAAUUCAGAUGGCUAAAUACUGGGGAGCAAAGGUGUUUGUCACAGCAGGAAGUAAGGAAAAGUUAGCUUUUUGCAAGAAUCUUGGAGCUGAUGUAUGCAUCAAUUACAAGACAGAGGAUUUUGUUGCGCGGGUAAAGGAAGAAACGGGUGGCAAGGGUGUUGAUGUUAUCUUGGAUAUCAUAGGGGCAGAGUACUUUCGGCGGAACCUUGACAGCUUAAGUUUUGAUGGGAGGCUUUUUGUUAUUGGGACGAUGGGUGGUGCUGUAACAGAAAUAGAUCUUCGUGUUGUGCUUUCGAAGCGCCUUACCAUCCAAGCUGCCGGCUUGCGAAACAGUAGUCCAGAAAACAAAGCAGCGAUUGUUAGGGAGGUGGAAAACAAUGUGUGGCCUGCAAUUGUGGCUGGCAAGGUGAAACCCGUGGUCUACAAGUAUUUUCCAUUAUCUGAAGCAGCAGAGGCUCACCUGCUCAUGGAAAGUAGCAAGCACAUUGGAAAGAUUCUGCUUCUUCCUUGAUGAUAUGAAUGUUAAUUAUUUGAACUCAAGUGAACAACAUGGUUCAGAGUUAAUAUGCAUAUGUUAUGUUGUACUCUAUAAUUCGGUUUGUAAGUUUGUGAAUUGACUUCAUGUCCUUACUUUCAUCUUAGUCAAAAGAUUCACAGAAGACCAACCUGUCUUCUUUUAAAAUCAA